AUGGCUCAGAAGGCAAAGAAGGACAGGGCCAAAUCCAACGCCGCCGCCCUCAACAACCUCCACACCGGCUCCGCCGUCGUCAACCUAGGCUUCCUCCUUUUCUACUUCUUCACCAAAUCGCGCUCCAUCUUCUGGUUCUUCUUGCUCUCUGCUCCGGCUCUGGUCUGCGAGUUCAUCCUGGAAAGCACGGGGCGUCCCAAAUAUGACACCGCCGGCGGCCUCAAAACCUCCGGCGAGGACCUCGCCGCCUCGGGCUUGACCGAAUACAUGUUCGACGUCAUCUGGGUUACCUGGGCAUCCGUCGUCCUGGUUAUCUUGUUCGGCAACUGGGCCUGGAUUCUUUGGCUCUCCGUCCCCGCCUACGGCGCUUACGCCGGGGUCGGUCUGCUCGGGGCUGGCAAGCGAAUGGCUCAGAUGGGUGGUGCUGCGAACAACCAAGAGCCCGCGCCGCCCGUCAACAGAAGGCAGCGCCGGGCCGCGUAA